ACGAAAUCGAACCGGAAGUAUAUAUUCUGUGUUAGCUAGCCCAGCUAGCAAUGGAUCGACCUGCAAAAGCAGAGUGGAGGCCGCCCCGAGCCUGUGAUAACUACUGGGAGGAAUUCAAACAUUGUGUAAGCUGGGGUAAUGGUUUUCACCACUAUUACACCUACGGUACCGUUCCAUCCUGCCAGCAGUGGAAAAAUGACUACAAUGACUGCAGAGAGUGGGAGGAACGCAGAAGCGCCGAGGCUAAGGAAGCCUUGCUGAAGAGUGAGCGGGACAGAGUGGCAGAACAGGGAAACUUCACCCCAGUGUGGGAACUGAGGAAAGAACCCCCCGGAGACUGGCACCUGCCCCUAAACCAGGAAAAGCCUCAGGACUCCUGAACUGUACCUAUCAACCUCCUGUCUCGGUCCCAUGGCAACCAAGGUUCGUUUCGAACCACGUGCGGGAGAGACUGUUCAUCACUCUACUGUCUCAGUAGAUGCUGCUGUAUGGACACAGAUGUGUCAACGGCAGCCUCUCAUGGUCAAUUGUGAUAAGUGUCCAUUCAACUAGAUAAUAACUGAUCUCUGCUAAAUCAGUGUUGGGAUGUUCCUGUCAUUAGUACUACAUUUUCCAAAGCUUGUUUUAACUGAAUCACAAACUCUGACUGCACUAACAGACCCACCAUAAAGACAUUUAAAAAUUAGUCGCCUUGUUUUCAGGUUUAGAAAAGUGUAAGGAAAAAAGGUGAGUAACGGGUCUAAUCAUGCUAUGGAUACAUUCACAAGAUUUAAUAUAUUCCAUCCAAGUUAAGAAUGACCUGGGUAGUGAUGCUGCUCUAUAGUGUACUAACACUUUUGAUGGCAUCUGACCGGAGAGUUGGCCCUAGUUACCCUACCAACACUUCUCAAAAGCACUGUAUUCUUUUACUUGCUGUAGAUACUCCUCCAUAAUGAACACAUUAUAUACUGUACAAAAUGUAUGUAUUAUUGACUUUAUUCAGCUUUUCUGUUCAACCCAUAUGGAGUUUAGCAUUAGCAGUUUUCUACCAUGUGUAUUUGGUUAUAGUUUUAUCAUGACAUGACACAAACUGCUGAAAAUUAUUCUGAACAAAUUGGAUCAAUAAAAAACAUGUUUACUUUA